ACAGAAGUGCAUUCACGUGGAGCACACCACUCUUCGAGGGUGGGGUGUUGAAUUAAAUGCUAAAACUUUAAUACGUUACGUACAAGAAUCACAUUAAUUUGUGAGCCAUUGAUAUUCCAAUUGCUACAUAUGAAUUGCAAACGACGGGUUUAUUUCGCCUUUUGUAGCCGCGGAUGUGCUGGUGACCCUUGACGACGACUGAAAUGGUUGCGACUACACUGUCUAGUUUCUCCUGUCUAUGUCAAACUCGCCGUAGGCAUGAGACAUGCCUGACGUCACAACACAUAGGUAAACAAGUCGAGACGGUGUCAGGAACCAUUGCAACUCUGACUUACGAUUUCACACCUUCAGGGACAAAGUAUGCUCAGGCUUCAGAAGCGCUUGGCGUCCAGCGUCAUGGGCUGUGGCAAGAAGAAAGUUUGGCUGGACCCAAACGAGACCAAUGAGAUUGCCAAUGCCAACUCGCGCCAGCAGAUCCGCAAGCUGGUGAAGGAUGGCCUGAUUAUCAGAAAGCCUGUGACAGUGCAUUCCCGUGCCCGCUGCCGCAAGAACACGCUGGCGCGCCGCAAAGGCCGUCACAUGGGCUACGGUAAGAGGAAGGGUACUGCCAACGCCCGUAUGCCCGAGAAGCUGAUGUGGAUGCGGCGCAUGCGCAUCCUGCGUCGUCUCCUCCGCCGCUACAGGGAGUCCAAAAAGAUUGACAGGCACAUGUACCACAGUCUGUACCUGAAGACCAAGGGUAACGUGUUCAAAAACAAGCGCAUCCUGAUGGAGCACAUUCACAAACUGAAGGCAGACAAGGCUCGCAAGAAGCUCCUGGCCGACCAGGCCGAGGCUCGCCGCACAAAGACAAAGGAGGCUCGCAGGCGCAGAGAGGAACGUCUCCAGGCCAAGAGGGAGGAGUUCAUGAAGAACUUGGCCAAGGAGGAUGAAGCUGGCAAAUAGCGACUGCAUCUCUGCUUUGGUUAUUAAUAAAUGAGGUUAAUGUUA